CAGGAACAAGGGGCGGGACCGUCGAGUAGGUAAGGAGGUUUUGUUGAUCUGUUGCCUGGGCGCGAGCUUGCGUCAUGCAUUUGGACCCCGCCCCCAUUUCUUAUUACCUGGCAACCUAAAGCAGUGCCAUAACUGACCAAGUUGUAGAGGAGGCGGUGCUGCAACUUUGGCCAUCAGAGGAAGCCUGUGGAACCCGACCCAACGCUCACUGAGAUGUGUCAAGAGUCACAGCAGUGACUUGCCCUCCAGGACAAGAAGAUGUUCCGAGUAAACCAGUCACCAGAUCCCAAGGAAGUAGCAGCCAUUGAGGCUAGAAGAAAUCGAGAAAAGGAGCGACAGACCCGAUUCUUCAAUGUGCGGGCUCGAGUCAUAGGGGUGGAUGUCGAAGCCCUGAACAGCCAGGUGGAAGAACGAAAGCUUCGGGAGGCAGCAGAGCAGAGCAAGGAGGCAGCUUAUGCGACCAGCCAAAUGCAAUAUGAUCUGGUAGCCCAGAUGCUAGAGAAAGAACAGGCAGAAAGGACACGUCGGCUGGCAAAGAAAGUCCAGGAGUUUCGGGAGCAGAAACAGCAGCUUAAGAACAAGCAUGAAUUUGACUUUUGGGAUCCAGAUCAAGUCUGGAAUGAGUUUCUAACUCAUCAAGGCGACAGUGAUAACCACUAUGGGCUGGACAAGGCUACAUGCCAGAGAAAGGAGCAGGAGCAGCUUAGGUACAGCCUGGACAAACAGGUGCAGGAGCAACAGCAAGCCAGGACUGAUGAAAAGUGUGCAGAUAUGCUCAGUGAACAGCUGCGCCUAGCCAUGGACAUACGGGCCACCCAGCUCGCCAAGCUGGAGGAGUCCUGUCGCGUGGCCAUGAUGUCUGCCAUGGCCAAUGCCAACAAAGCCCAGGCAGCUGAGGUGGCUGAGCGACAGCGCCAUGAACAUCUGCACCAACAAGAGGCCAACCUCACAGAAAUCCAGAACCAGAUCAAUAGUGACCUACUGACUGAGAACCCCCAGGCUGCUCAACACGCUAUGGUUCCCCAUAGGGUACUGCCCUAUUGCUGGAAAGGCAUGACUCCAGAACAGCGAGCUGCCAUCAGCAAAGAUCAGGAGGUGCAACGUCGUGAAAAGGAGGUACAACACCAGGCAGAACAAGCACUGGAUGUGGAAUGGGAAAACCAGGCCAUAUGCUCAGCCCAAGCAGCAAUGGAGCUAGAAGAACAGGAAAGGGAGCUGUGUGCUGAAUUUCGUAGGGGCCUGGGCUCCUUCAACCAGCAGCUGGCUAAAGAACAAAAAGCACAGCAGAAUUAUCUGAAUUCAAUAAUCUACACCAAUCGGCCUACAGCCCAAUAUUUUCUACAGUUCAACACCAGCAGCCGCUGAGCUCAGGAUGGUCAUUUCUCUCUUCUCCCCCAUCAGGCUCACAAAGGGCUAGAAGUCAAGAGAAGAAAAUGAUGCUACAUAACCCCCUUCCCCAAUCCAUUCCCAGUGGGAGAGAGCUAAGCCAGUAUCCCUACCUUUGACCCAAGUUAAUAAAGUUAUUCACUAAAAUCAAGGCCAUGCAUUGUAAUAGAACACAAAAGGUGUAAG